CUUCCUUCCCUUUCUCAUAUUCUUAAUAUGUCGCUCGUAGUUCCUGAACGGAAUCAAUUCCAGCACAUUAUUCGUCUUCUUAAUACUAAUGUGGACGGUAAGGACAAGAUCACGAUUGCUUUGACUUCAGUGAAGGGUGUGGGUCGUCGAUUUGCUAAUGUUGCAUGCAAGAAGGCCGAUGUGGAUUUGAACAAGCGUGCUGGUGAAUUGACCAAUGAAGAAUUGGAACGUAUUGUGACCAUCUUGCAAAACCCUGCUCAAUACAAGAUUCCCAACUGGUUCCUCAACAGACAAAAGGAUAUCAUCGAUGGCAAGUAUUCUCAAGUUAUCUCUAACGUAUUGGAUACCAAGAUGCGUGAAGAUUUGGAACGUAUGAAGAAGAUUCGUGUUCAUCGUGGUCUCCGUCACUACUGGGGUCUCCGUGUCCGUGGUCAACAUACCAAGACUACUGGUCGUCGUGGUAGAACUGUCGGUGUCUCCAAGAAGAAAUAAUAUACUCGGUAAUAUAAAACUCAUAAUAUGUAUGGAUCGGUGGACAAUAUUGAUUUAGCCAUCUCUCUCUCUCUGUCUUUUUUUUUUUUAUUUUAUUGUGAUUAGUUCAUAAUAAACUACAUUUUAUUCAUUAUAUGCAGAAUGCGAGACGUCUACCUUGGGUUUAUUUUAUGAGGAUGAUUCAUUGGGAUGAACUUGCUGAAAUCCGGUUAGGUUUUUUUUUUAUUCUUGUGUAUUGUGUAUAUAUGUAUAUUGUCUAUGUGCGUAUGAUGUAUAUGAUGUGUAUUGUGUAUUGUGAAUUAUGUAUGUGUCAACUGUGAGAUCUUUGGGAUUCACCUGCAGAGUCUUUUUCAUGGAGAUGAUAUUCGUUCCC